GUUUAAAAAAACCACCACAAGUCUUUGCCUGAUUCCUUUAAAAUCUCUCUUUAUUUUCUUAGGUUACAUUACAAACCCCCCACAUCAUCUGGAAGAGGAGAUUUCCAGCGAGCUGCGCUGAGAGGAUGCAUUGGGAAGCACAGGGGAAUGAAGACCUCCUUAAGAAAGAGGAGCUCCUGCCCGACAGCCAGCUGAGGGUUAACAAAAUGAACAGCUCUUGUGCGGGCAGAGUAUGUUCUUGGCAGUGAGCGGUGGUCUGUGUUACAGUAUGUGAGAGCAGGAGUGUGGAGCAGCUCAUUUCCAUUCACCAGCUGGCAGGUUGCGCUUAAAUCUCAGGAUCCAGUGUCUGGCUGCAGCGAAGCAUCCCCCUCCUCGCCACGCCAAACCUCAUCUCUUCCUCUGGAUGGGGGUCCUCUCCUCUUCGCGGAGCGGGAUUUGACUCGGGGAUGCUGCCGUGAGGAGUUCACAUCUGCAGCUUUGACAGGACUUCCCCCGACUGUCUGAAUGAAUGAAUGCCUUUCAGAGCAGAACCAGCUCCACGUUGCUCUCGGUCUCCCAAGACUGUUUUCCAGCACAGCUCCGGAGGAGUGUUCACUGAGCCACGACUGGGCAAAGAGCAGAGAAAACAGCAGAAUGAAAAAAGCCAAGAGAGCCCAGCGGGUUGUCAGCAGUCCUUGUAGCAGAGGCUAAACUCACUGCCCUGAAAGAGACCAGGCAGGAGAGGAAGUUGCUUCUCAGUGAGAAAGGAGGAGAAAACAAAAGAGAAACUUUGAAACUGGCAUCCCCCCCUGCACCCACGUUAAAUGAAAGCACCGAGAAACAUGAGAUUUCCUUGUCGAGGGGUGGGAACAUGUUGAACUGGGGAGGAGUGGAGAAGAGCAGCUUUUAGCUUGUGGUUUGGUUUAUAGUGAGAUCUGAGAGAUAGCGCAGAGGUGGGAGGGGAAGGUGAAAGGGGAUCUGAUGCCUGCUGCCAAUAUGACAGAAACCCUCCAGCUCCCGGCAUUGCAGGUCCCAGAGCAACAGGUGCCAGAGUGCAGCCGGGCCUGGUCCAGUUCGUCCACCCCCACCCUACGCAGGAGGCGCUUCAAGAUGAGACGGAUGAAGAACGUGCAAGAGCAGAGCCUGGAGGCCGGCGGGUACCAGGACUCUCCUUCCCCCAACAAAGAGUUCCUGCAACUCCCAUCCAUAGAAAUCACCCCAUCCAGUGACGAGGACACCCCAUGGUCGAACUGCUCUACGCCCAGCGCCUCCCCGCGGCGCAAGCGCGUCCUGCUUCGGAAGUGGCUGCGCGUGAGAGAGAAGAAGGAAUACAGUGAAAGCAGUAGCCAGCAGAGUAGCCAGCAAAGCAGCCAUGAUGACGAUGCAGCCCGAUUCCUGAGUCCCCGAAUGCGGGACGAAAGCACUGCCAGUAACUCGAACCGCAGCACGCCUGCCUGCUCCCCCAUCCUGCGCAAACGUUCCCGGUCUCCAACCCCACAGGACUCCCAAGGAGACGCCAUGGUGGAGAAAGGCUCAGACCACUCUUCAGACAAAUCCCCUUCCACUCCGGAGCAGUGUGUGCAGCGCAGCUAUUCUGCUCAGUCAGGCCGCAGUGGGGCCAAGAACUCCAAGAAAAGCCAGAGUUGGUAUAAUCAUGAGAGACAGCACAUCCGGAGAGUGUUGAGUCCGACGUAUAAACAGCGUAACGAAGACUUCAGGAAACUCUUCAAACAGCUUCCCGACACCGAGCGCCUCAUAGUCGAUUACUCAUGUGCGCUUCAAAGAGACAUUCUCCUGCAGGGCCGCCUCUACCUCUCUGAAAACUGGAUCUGUUUCUACAGCAACAUCUUCCGCUGGGAAACACUGCUGACAGUCCGUUUGAAGGAUAUCUGCUCCAUGACCAAGGAAAAAACUGCACGGCUCAUUCCUAACGCCAUCCAAGUUUGCACUGACACUGAAAAGCACUUUUUCACUUCCUUCGGUGCCCGAGAUAGGACGUACAUGAUGAUGUUCAGACUCUGGCAGAAUGCUCUCCUCGAAAAGCCCCUGUGUCCAAAGGAGCUCUGGCACUUCGUCCACCAAUGUUACGGGAAUGAACUGGGGCUGACCAGCGAUGAUGAAGACUACGUGCCUCCUGAUGAUGAUUUCAACACUAUGGGCUACUGCGAGGAGAUCCCUGUAGAAGAAAAUGAAGUGAAUGACAGCUCCUCCAAGAGCAGCAUGGAGGCCAAACCUGAAGCUAGUCCUCUGCUGCCCAAGAAGUCCAUCACCGCCUGCACGUUGACGUCCACAGGGAGCAGUGAAGCGCCAACUUCAUUUGACGGGAUGCUUCCGGAGGAGGAGGAGUUGGUGGAGAGUCCCCUUGAGAAGGAACUCACCCUUGAAAACAUCAUUGGAGACAAGAUCGAGAUCAUCGCCCCGGUGAACUCCCCUUCCCUGGACUUCAACGACAACGAGGACAUUCCAACGGAGCUCAGCGACUCGUCGGAGACCCAUGAUGAAGGGGAAGUUCAGGCCUUUUACGAGGAUCUGAAUGGCCGGCAGUACAUGAAUGAGGUGUUCAGUUUCAGCGUGGACAAACUGUAUGACCUGCUCUUCACUGACUCCCAGUUCCAGAGGGAUUUCAUGGAACAGCGUCGGUUCUCCGAGAUUAUCUUUCAUCCAUGGAAGAAGGAAGAAAAUGGCAAUCAGAGCAGAGCAAUCCUGUACACAAUCACCCUCACCAAUCCUCUCGCCCCGAAAACUGCUACUGUCACUGAGACUCAGACAAUGUACAAAGCCAGCCAAGAAAGCGAGUGCUACGUGAUAGACGCAGAGGUGCUAACUCACGACGUCCCCUACCAUGAUUAUUUCUACACCAUUAACCGCUACACGUUGACUCGUGUCGCCAGAAACAAAAGCCGACUCAGGGUUUCUACAGAGCUACGUUACAGGAAGCAGCCGUGGGGACUUGUGAAAUCCUUCAUCGAGAAAAACUUCUGGAGUGGCCUAGAAGAUUAUUUCCGUCAUUUAGAGAGCGAACUGACCAAAACCGAGAGCAUGUACCUAGCGGAGAUCCACAGACAAUCCCCCAAAGAGAAGAUGAGCAAGCAAUCCACAUUGCGCCGAAGGAAACGGCCCCACGCCCACCUGCGGGUGCCACACCUGGAGGAGGUGCUGAGUCCUGUCACCACCCCCACAGAUGAGGAGGUUGUGCAUCGAAUCAAGCACGUGGCAGGUUCCACGCAGACGCGGCAUGUCCCUGAGGACAGUCCCAGUGGCUUCCAUCUGCAGAGCGUCUCCAAGCUGCUGGUCGUUAUCAGCUGUGUUCUGGUGCUGUUGGUAAUUCUCAAUAUGAUGCUGUUCUACAAACUUUGGAUGUUGGAAUACACCACCCAGACCCUCACCGCAUGGCAGGGCCUGCGGCUACCGGAAAGGUUACCCCAGUCUCAGUCGGAGUGGGCUCGGUUGCUAGAGUCCCAGCAGAAGUAUCAUGACACAGAGCUGCAGAAGUGGCGUGAGAUCAUCAAAUCCUCCGUGAUGCUUCUAGACCAGAUGAAGGAUUCACUAGUAAACCUGCAGAAUGGCAUCGGGUCGCGUGACUACGGGUCGGAACCAGAGGAGAAACGGAAACGUUUCCACUAACAGAGGCGAACACAGGAGGCCAGAGGAUUGUGUGCAAUAUGUGUAUAUAGACCAUAUAAAUAUAUAUAUACAGAAUAUAAAUAUAUAUAUAUAUAUAUAUUAUAUACAGAUUUUAAAAGCGGAAAAAAGCCUAUGUACUGAGGAGGAGAAGCGUGGGUGCAGACCUCCAACACUGGUUGAACUGCAGCGUCUCUGGGGUAGGACGGGAUGCGAUGGGGGAGCUGUGCUUUCCCAGCACUGAGGCACUGUCCGGGAGAGUGCAGCUCGCGCUUACCUGUUCCCAUGCACCUCUCUUCUGUGUAUUCCUGGCUGUUUGUUUGUCUGUUUGUUUUAAAGGGAAGAAUUGGAGCAAAUGCCCCUCCCCCUCCCUCUUCCCGCCUGAGGGUACCUGAAUGUUGAACAGGUAUUUAAAGGGGACACUGUCAACUUUAGCUUGCUCCAUUGAGAAUAAGGAGGAUUUUGCUAGAAGACAUCAGUCCCUUGUAGGUGUAGCCUACUGAAUUGAGCAGGCUUUGAGCCAUGAGAGUUCUCUAGGAAACGACUCUCAUUCAGUAGUGAAUGGGGUUUGUUCUGAGCCCUCUGCUAGGAUACUGUAGUAGGGGUGCAACUCGCCAUUAAACUGGCCAGCCUAAUUUUGCUGAGUAAAGCACAGAAACUGAACCAGAUUUUCUCAAUGAAACAUUUCACUUUUUAUUAAUAGAAGUUACAUUAAUGGCAAAGUAGAGGGCGCUGAUGUGGGUUGUUGCUUGGUAUUCUUGGCUAAUCCGGACCCUGGCAUAUCUCAUUGAAGUCAGUGAAUUUAGCCCGUGGGUUCUUUUUCACUUGACAACGUCCCCUUUACAUACUCUGUUUUCCUCAACCCUCCAUGCGUUCGUGUCCCUGUCAAUAAGCCACCCCUGUGCUAAGGAGCUGCAGCUGUGCUGAAAGGGCUAUCUGUGCUCACUUCCCAGUCAGAGGCAUGUAAAGCCUAAUGGCUCUGACUUAAUACAACACCCUGGUUAUUUUUUCUUGUUGCUCACUAUUUUAACCCCCCUUCUGCCCAAAAAAUAAAAUAAAAUAGUGGGCUAGGUGAGGGCAUUCGGCAUGUACCAAUAUCCAAUAUCUAUUUACAUACAUCUCACCUCUGGUGGAAACUCACAAGGAGAGGGAGCAGCUUCCUUUUACAAAAAAAAA